AUGCGCGCUGAUUUUUUCGUCGUGUUGCUCUGCCUCGGAAUUUUCACGCUCGUGCUGGACCUGGUACUCGAAGAAUUGCCGAGGUACCUGCACGCGAUGGUUCGCUCCGACCAACGAAGGAAGGUACCAGUCUUUGCAGCCGAGUUGGACGGCAGCAUCUUCUUCGCCGGCGCCUGGACACAGAAGUGCCUGGACAUCGGUGAAGCGUGCGCCGUCGAAUCGGCCGCCCGUCACCACCCAGGAAUGUGGGUCGUACUCUUCCUGGACGGUCCCGACAGGGAUGGCGGCCACGGCAGAACGGACGGAGGAGGGGCAGGGGUGGCCGCCGAUCAGUGCCGGACGCUAGAGGCACUGCUGGACAUGAACAACGUCCACGUCAGGCGCCUGAGCCUCGACGAGCUGUUCGCAAGGACGCCCCUCAAGAAGAAGAACUUUUCCGUGGUGCUGCGCAGGCACUGGCGGGCCCAGGACCCCGCGGCCGAAGGGCGUCUCGAGCGCCUCAGCGACGCGGUGAGGUUUGCGCUUCUGUGGAAGUACGGCGGUGCCUACGCCGAUCUGGACGCCAUCGUCAGGAAGCCCCUGACCAAGCUGCGCAACUGCGUCAUCGAGCGUGGACCCGAGGGACGCGACCCGCCCGUCGUCAGCGGAUCCCUGCUCGUCUUCGAGAGGGGGCACCCGCUCAUGGAGCUUUGCAUGGAGGAAAUGGCGCGGCAGUACCACGACUCCCGACACCUGGUGCACUCGGUCUCCGACGCCGUGGUGCGCACCCUGCGUGACCACUACGUCUGCGAGCGCCACGGCUCCGUGGAGUUCGCACCGGCGCGCGAACUGCGCUGCGCCGACGGCCGCUCCCGGGUCACCGUCCUGCCGCGCGAGGCCUUCUUCGACGCGACGCCCCACGGUGCGGCCGCCGCCGCCAACGUCCGGCACCCGAAUGCGACCGCGAGGAGCUACGUUGUGAACGUACGACGCCACUCUUCGCUCGCUGCGGCCUCCGACCGUGCCAGCGUCGGCUCCGCGCUGGAAGCUAGGCGCAACUGCCCUCGCAUCGAUCGCCUGGCGCAGAAGAACGCGCUCGUGCCAUGA